AUGAGUGAAAAUUAUGGUGAAGAUCAGUUAUACAUUCCUCAAGUUGCAGAUGAUCAAAAGCCAAAAUAUGGGAUGGAAUUCUCAUCAAUAGAUGAGACAUUUUCAUUCUAUAACCAAUAUGCACGUGAAUCCGGAUUUAGUGCAAGAAUAAACAGUAGCAAGAAAAAUAAGAUAACAAAUGAGGUUGUUUGGAAAAUGUUUGUAUGUUUUAAAGAAGGGCAUACGGAUGAUCAACGGAAUAAACAAGCAAAGGGUGAUCAACGGACAAGGGAAAGAACACGUGGUGAAGUUAGAACUGGUUGUAAGUCAAAGAUUUCACUUGUCAAGAAACAAACUGGAUCUGCAUGGGUUGUCACUAAUUUCACGGAAGGUCAUAAUCAUCCACUAUCGACUCCUUCAAAGGUGCAUUUGCUACGUUCACAUCGUAAUGUUUCAGCAGCAAAAAAAGCAUUGACUCAACGAUCAAUUUUGGAUAAUCAUCAUAACAACGAUGACGACCCAUAUGAAGAAGAAUUGACAUCAAUAGCAGUUGUGCUUCUAGAUGUUCAUGGAGUAGCUGCAAAAGACAAGCACCUAAAUCUGAAGCUGUUCUAA